GAGCAGCGAGCAAAACAACCGCCGCCAGAAGAAAGAGGGUGGGGGGAGAUGUCAAACGUCCGUAUUUCUAAUGGGAGCCCUACCUUGGAGCGCAUGGAAGCCAGGCAGUCAGAGUACCCGAAGCCGUCUGCGUGCAGGAACCUCUUCGGGCCGGUGAACCACGAAGAACUAAACAGGGACUUGAUGAAGCACCGCCAGGAGAUGGAGGAGGCAUGCCAGAGGAAGUGGAAUUUCGAUUUCCAGAAUCACAAGCCGCUGGAAGGCAGGUACGAGUGGCAAGUCGUGGAGAAGGGGAGCUCGCCCGACUUCUACUUCAGACCGCCGAGGCUACUGAAAGCUGCCUGCAAGUCCGCUGGCCGCCAGAGCUUGGAUGUAAACGGGAAUUGCCAAACCAUGGGUUUUGUCGGCUCUCAGGGAAUCUCAGAGGACACUCACUGUGUAGAUCAAAAGACUGAUGUUUCUGAAAAUCAGACGGACUUUGCAGAGCAGUGCACUGGGCAGAGGAAAAGACCUGCUACCGAUGAUUCCUGUCCUCAAAAUAAAAGAGCCAACACAACAGAAGAAGAGGUUUCAGAAGACUCCCCCAAUGCCAGUUCAGUGGAGCAAACACCCAAGAAAUCAAGCCCAAGACGACAACAAACGUAAACUGUUUAGAGCGGAGGAUGUGCGUUGUGUCCUCGUUCCUGGGGUGCGACGGGGGGCGAUGAAGCGAGGAAGAUGUAAAGUUGUAGUGGAGACUAAAAUACAUAUCGGCCGAUCUCCGGGGCAUGGAGGUUCUGUACAAGCACUGAAAACAAAACAACCAACCAACAACAGCAGCAAAACAAACAAAAAAUGUCAAGAAGAAGAAAGCAAACAAUAACACUAAGAUUUUUCUAGGCACUCUUAAAAGACCUGCCUCUAAAAGCAUUGGAUGUAGCAUUGUGCAAUUAGGUGUUUCCUUAUUUGCUUCAUUGUACUACCUGUGUAUAUAGUUUUUACCUUAUGUAGCACAUAAACCUUGUUGGGAGUGGGGGGAGGGAGUGGAAGAAGGGUGACUGUUUGGAACUUGCUUUCACAAUCUAGCAAGGAAAGAAACGUAUGAAGAGAAGCAGUGUAGGGUUUGUAUUACUUAAAGAUGUAUUGUCCCUUUA